GGAAACGUCGCUAGGACUCCACCGUCACAGCACCGCUAACCGCUCACCAGUUGCUCCGGUGUCUCUCCUCCUCCAGCACCUCCUCCAGCAGCUCCUCCUUCAGCCCAACCUACAGCACCUCCACCAGUGUAACCUCCACCAUCCCCUCCAGCGACUUCUCCAACCGGUUGAGUGUUUAGGCGAGUGACCCCUUCCAUCCCAUCACGAUUUCUGAACAUUUAAUAUUCAUUUCCUCGUGAGGUAUGUUGGUCGGCAGCCGAUCAAGUCCAAGACGGGUACUGAUAGCGGCGGCCAUUACUGCUUCUGCAGGAGCUGCGAUCACCCUGCUGUUGGUGCUGAGACCCAGGACACACCCCGCCCUAGUCCGCCUGCCCCGCCAUGCCUCGCCUCCAGACACCAACGGUAUUCACGAAGCCCCCAGCGAUAAGAUGGACUACAUACCAGGCUGGCCCUACGGGCUAAGGAUCAAUGAACCUGACACCUGCAGGGACCAAGACGUGUAUCUUUUAAACGCCGUCACCUCUAACCCGUCUCAAGUGUACCAUCGGGAGAUGAUCCGAGAGAUGUGGGGCCGCAAGGACAUAGCCCAGAAGCUUAAGCUGAAGACUGUGUUCAUAGUCGGAGCCGUUCCAUCUGAGGCCACGCAGAAGCACCUCCAGGAGGAGAGCGACAAAUACCGAGACAUCAUACAAUUUGAUUUCCUUGAGACGAGGAAGAACUUGACUAUCAAGUCUCUGGCGGCUAUUCACUGGUUCAGAGCCUUCUGCAGCAACGCCACCUGGGUGCUGAAGUGCGACGUUGACGCCUAUGUCAACUUCUGGGCCUUACUGGAGGUCCUGAAGCCAGUCGACGACACAAACGACGCCGUGUGUGCUCGUUCCGUGUCAAGUUUCGUGUGUCGGGAGGUCACGAAUGAUGGGUGCUUGCCCCACUACGUGGUUGACCCCAAGGAUUACUCACACAACACGUACCCGCCGUACUGCCAGGGGUACGCCUACAUCCUGCACCGGAGGCUGGUGGACCGCCUCCUGCAGAAGGACCAGCAGCGAACCAGUCCGCCCUUCUGGUUAGAGGACGUCUAUGUCACGGGUCUCCUGCCCCGGGACCUCCAGGCCAGAUGGCUCAAUGUCAGGCGCCGCAGCGAGGUGGUGCCCAUGUCAGUGCGGCCAGAGUACCACAAUGGCACUUUCCUCUUCGUGCACGACCUGGAGGGCCAGAUUGGGCAAGGUGCCACCAAUUACGUCUGGCUCAAGACUCUCCAACACCACAACGUCACGCCCUGACCUCCACAAGGGUCAUUUAUUAGCAUUGGAAAUUGUCCAGUUGAAAGUGUAUUUUCAGUGUAUGUUCAGCGAAUUAUGGAGUACACUUCCCCUUCUCCGACCCACCUACACACAGAGUGCGUGCACUCCACACUUAUGUUAAUAAACCCUUUUUGAUAUGCCUGCUUUUCGAUAUAUGAGGACCAAGAGUUGGGAUAUGAGGACCAAGAGCUGGGAUAUGAGGACCAAGAGCUGAGAUAUGAGGACCAAGAGCUGGGAUAUGAGGACAGAGAGUUGGGAUAUGAGGACAAAGAGCUGGGAUGUGAGGACCAAGAGGUGGGAUAUGAAGAAAAAGAGCUGGGAUAUGAGGACAAAGAGUUGGGAUAUGAGGAC